GGCAAUUGUGUCAGGCACAUGGAUACGGAGCGCGGAAGCCUCCUCCGCUGGAGAUGGCCUUAGAGUAGACUUCGAUAUCAUCUCAGAGGUCCAUGGGGCGCCCAUCUCCUCCAUAGCCCCCGAUAGAGCAACACCAUCCCGUUCCCAAUCUAGCUAGGUAGCCACCAGCCAGAGAGAUCGAGCAAGGCAUCCAUGGAGCUCGCGACGGCGGCGGUGGGCAGCCUCCUCCCCAAGCUGGGCACCCUCCUCACCGAGGAAUACAAGAUGCAGAAGGGCGUCAGGGGGGAGAUCAAGUUCCUGCAAGCCGAAAUGGAGAGCAUGCAGGCUGCCCUCAAGAAGCUGUCCAAGCUGCCGGCUCAUCAGAUUGACGAUGAUGUCAAGAUCUGGGCGAGGAACCUGAAGGAGCUGUCCUAUGACAUCGAGGACAGCGUUGACAUUUUCAUGGUGCGCAUCGAUGCUCCUGUGGAUGCCGAGCCGCAUAGCUUCCGAAGGUUCUUCGAUAGGACCAUCGGCUUGUUAACAAAGGCCAAUACUCGCCGUCAUAUCGCCAAUGACAUCAAAGACAUCAAGCGCCGCCUCCAUGAGGUCGCUGCUAGGCGAGAAAGGUACAAGUUUGAAGAUAUUGCAGCGCAGCCUGACACGUCGACGGUCAUCGAUCCUCGCGUGCCUGCUCUCUUUGAAGAAGCAGCAAAGCUUGUUGGCACAGAUGGCCCUGCAGAGAAGAUCUCCAACUUGCUAACCCAAGGGAAGGAUGUGAAGCUAAUGGUUGUCUCAAUUGUUGGAGUUGGAGGCCUAGGUAAAACGACUGUUGCCAAUUUGGUGUAUGAAAGGCUUAGGGGCCAAUUUGACUGUCAAGCUUUCGUCUCGGUGUCGCUGAAGCCAAACAUGAAGCAGAUUCUCAGCAGCAUACUACGGCAAGUUAGCAAAGACACAUGCACCAAUGCUGCAGAAAAGGAACUGGAUGAACUUAUAAGGAGCAUCAGGGAAUUCCUCAACGAUAAGAGGUACUUCAUUGUAAUUGAUGACGUAUGGAAUGAAGAAGCAUGGAAAUUCAUCAAAUGUGCUUUGAUUGACAACAAUCUUGGUAGCAAAGUUAUUGUGACAACCCGUAAUGUUGAUGUGGCAAAUUUGUGUUCUGUUGAUGGCGCUAUGUAUGAAUUAGAUCCUCUCUCUGAUGCGGACUCCAAGAGGUUGCUUUGUAAAAGGAUAUUUAAUGAGGUAGAGGGAAUGCAUUCUGAACUGGAGGAGGUAGCAGAGAAAAUUUUGAAGAAGUGUGGUGGGGUACCAUUAGCUAUCAUUACUAUAGCUAGUAUGUUGGCUAGUUUACCAAACCAAACAAAGUAUGAAUGGUACGGCGUAUACAAUUCCAUGGGUUCUGGACUCGAAAAAGACAAUACUCUGGAGAGCAUGCGAGGGAUAUUAUCUCUUAGUUAUAAUGAUCUACCUUACUAUCUUAAGCCUUGCUUACUGUAUCUGAGCAUGUUUCCCGAGGAUUUUGUGAUCCCAAGAGAUGUGUUGGUACAGAUGUGGGCAGCGGAAGGUUUCAUUAUUGAAGAAAAGGGGAGAAAUUUGUAUGAAAUUGGAGAGAGAUAUUUCAGUGAGCUUGUUAAUAGAAGCAUGAUUCAGCCAGCAUACAAUAAUGAAGAUUGCAGGGAAAUAGCUUGCCGUGUACAUGAUAUGAUACUUGAUCUCAUCAUUUCCCUUUCGGCUCAAGAAAAUUUUGCCAUCAUAUCACAAGGCCCACAACUCAUGUCUCCAGAGUGCACGAUUCGGCGACUAUCACUGCAAGGUAGCCAGGUAGAUACUGAUGAAGAAGAUAGCAAGGAAGAGCAAGUCAUACUGCCAGCAAAGGUGAACAUGUCCCAUGUGAGGUCACUCAUUGCAUUUAAUGAUGAUGCUUUCCAAUGGAUGCCACCUCUGUCAACCUUUUCAGUUCUCCGUGUUUUGUAUUUGAAAUAUUUUCUCAAAAAGAAUAAUCAUCCUAAGGAUCUAGGGAGUUUGCGCCACUUGAGAUAUCUGGCACUACGAGGUGAGCCUGAAACAGAGCUGCUGGAAGAAAUUGGAAACCUACAACUUCUGAAGACAUUGGAUUUGUUUUCCACCAACAGAAUAAAAGAACUGCCAGCAAGUAUUACUCGGCUAAGACAACUUGAGAAUCUGAUUAUUCCUAGUUGGGUGAAAUUUCCAGAUGGGAUUGGGAAUUUAAUGUCCCUGCAAGAGUUGGGACGGCUUGAUGUGGAAUUAUGACCAAACGCUCUGGCUGAGCUAGGCAAUCUUACAGAACUGAGGGUGCUGACA